AUGGCCACAACCUCGGCCUCCGCUGCGCUCUCUGAGCAGGGACAGGCCAAAUUCGAUCUGGGCAUCUGGUACACGCUCUUUAACUGGCCCACCCUCACCGUCGCCGUCCAGAACCAAUGGGGCGGACCCGACUCCUCAGACAAACGCGACUGGCUCGCCGGCGCAGUCUCUGAUAUAUUCUCCUCCGCACCUCUCACCGACCAAGAAGAUAUCGAAAUCAUGCUGCUCCAGGUCCUCGAAGAUGAAUUUGGCGUGCGGUUGGAAGACGAAACCGAGGUGGGCGUGGCACGCGACAUCAUGGCAAUAAAGACCGAGGUGCAAGAGGGCAACUUUGCGACUGUUGAUGCGCUCGAGAGGAGGUGGCAGAGCAGGAAAGGCAAGGAGGUCAGCACAGGGAGUGUACAGGUCAAGGAGGUGGAGCAAGAAGGGGAAUGGGAUAGUGUCGAUGAGGAGACCGAUGAGGACGAAGAUGAGGUCAUGAGGGAUGCGCCUGCUGCGGCGGCACCGCCCAAAGAGAAGCCAGCGCCUGAGGUGGAUGAGGACGGUUUCACAAAGGUGGUGGGAAAGAAGAGGAGGUGA